GGAGCAGAGGCUGUGGAUGGUGCUGGGGGGCACCAGUGCCAUCUGAUGGGUAAAGUUGUGGUCCCGGAGCAGGGUGUGGCCAGCUGUCAGCCGUGAUUGAGCUCCAGACAGUGCACUUAACUUUCCUGGAGCGUGUGAUCAGUGCAGGAGCCUCCCCUCACUCCUCCCUUGUAACUUACCCACCUCAUCCUCCCUCCCCCUCUCCACCAUCGGGGGAAUAAAACAGAAAAGGAAAGCGAGAGAGGAAGAGACAGGAGCUGAGACCUCUUCCUAAAGUAUCACUGAUGGCGGCUGAUCAGAUGAGGCUGCAGGAGUAACGGGACUGUGCUCAGUGCCUGCCUGGAGUUUCUCAUCUGUCUCUUCCAUAUCCCAUCCCUGUGUAUGAUACUGGAGAUCUGCCUGUUAGAUUGUGAAGAUGGCUGCUUCCUGGUUCCUAGUCCUUAUCCUGACACUUUUCCAAUCCUUGCUGAUCUGUCCUUCCUCUGAAGAAUACUUUCCAUCUGCGGCAACCAUUAAACAAUGGGUUGAGAAGAUGCAGAAUGAUCUUGUUACCUUGGCAAGAACAGCAAGUGGUGUGGAUCAGGUUGCAGAAAUUUACUUGAAAAACAAAAAUUUGUAUACAGUGGAGGCCAAUAAUGCACGUCAGCUAGUGGAAAAUGCUGCAACCAAUAUAGAAAAACUUCUAAGAAAUCGAUCCAAAGCACUUGUGCAUCUCGCAGAAAAAGCAGAAGAAAUCCAAGGAUCGCAUCAAUGGAGGGAUGUUUUUUCGGCUAAUGAUAUAGUUUACUACAAUGCAAAGGAGGAUCAAAUGGAUUCGGAGAAUAAUGACAGUGAACCGAUAAGUCGUCGCAUAAAGCCUGUGUUUCAAGAGGAUCCUGUCUUUCGUCGGCAAACAUCGUACCAGCACUCUGCUGUUCACAUCCCUACAGAUAUUUAUGAAGGCUCUACCAUUGUGUUAAAUGAACUGAAUUGGACGGCUGCACUGGAUGAAGUAUUUAAGAAAAACCAAAAUGAAGAUAAAACACUUCUUUGGCAGGUGUUUGGGAGUGCAACUGGACUGGCCAGGUAUUACCCAGCUUCUCCAUGGGUAGAUAAAAGCAGAACUCCAAAUAAAAUUGAUCUUUAUGAUGUCCGUAGAAGACCAUGGUACAUACAAGGAGCUGCAUCUCCAAAAGACAUGCUUAUAUUGGUGGAUGUGAGCGGGAGUGUCAGCGGGCUGACGCUGAAGUUGAUAAGGACCUCUGUGUCUGAGAUGUUGGAAACUCUUUCAGAUGAUGACUUUGUGAAUGUCGCUGCUUUUAACAGCAAUGCUCAUGAUGUCAGCUGCUUCAACCAUCUUGUUCAAGCGAAUGUUAGAAAUAAGAAAGUCCUUAAAGAAGCAGUCAAUAACAUCACCGCCAAAGGAACGACAGACUACAAGCAAGGCUUCAAAUUUGCUUUUGAUCAGCUUCGUAAUACAAAUGUAUCCAGAGCCAACUGUAAUAAGAUUAUCAUGCUGUUCACUGAUGGAGGAGAGGAUAAGGCGACAGAAACAUUCAAGCUUUACAAUAAGAAUAAAACUGUUCGUGUAUUUACCUUUUCUGUCGGACAGCAUAAUUAUGACAAAGGACCCAUACAGUGGAUGGCUUGUGAAAACAAAGGUUACUACUAUGAAAUCCCAUCUAUUGGAGCAAUUCGAAUUAACACACAGGAAUAUUUAGAUGUCCUUGGAAGACCAAUGGUUUUGGCUAGAGAAAAAGCAAAACAAGUACAGUGGACGAAUGUUUACUUGGAUGCUUUGUUGCAGGAUGCAGAUUCCGAUCAUGAAGGCGUCAAUAAAGAGCUAGGCCUUGUUAUCACUGGUACCUUGCCUGUGUUCAAUCUCACAGGGGACAGAAAAGAAAAUAAAAACCAAUUAAUACUUGGUGUCAUGGGUGUAGAUGUUUCUUUGAAAGACAUUAAAAGACUUACUCCCAGAUUUACACUCUGUCCUAAUGGAUAUUAUUUUGCCCUUGACCCUAACGGUUAUGUCCUGCUCCAUCCAAAUCUUCAACCAAAGAAUCCAAAAUCACAGGAACCAGUAACACUUGACUUUUUGGAUGCAGAACUUGAAAAUGACCAUAAAGUAGAGAUACGUAAUAAAAUGAUAGAUGGAGAAAUUGGGGAACGGACAUUUCAUACUUUGGUUAAAUCUCAAGAUGAGAGGUAUAUUGACAAAGCAAACAGGACAUACACUUGGGGGCCAGUGAAUGGAACAGACUAUAGUCUUGCACUAGUGUUGCCUUCCUAUAGCUUUUAUUACAUUAAAGCUAAACUUGAAGAAACAAUAACUCAAGCAAAAUCCAAAAGGGGCAAAUUAAAGGACUCUGAAACUCUCAAGCCUGAGUAUUUUGACGAUGUUGGCACCACUUACUUAGCUCCAAGGGAAUACUGCACUGAUCUACAGAUUUCCAGUAAUAAUACAGAAUUCCUACUAAAUUUCAACCAGUACAUAGACACUAAAACACCAAGUAGUCCAUUGUGCAAUAAGGACCUGAUUAACAGAGCUCUACUGGAUGCAGGAUUUACAUACGAAUUGGUGCAGACUCACUGGAAAGGACCAUUACCUAAUGGAAUUAUAGCUAGAUUUGUAGCCACAGAUGGAGGAAUUACCAGAGUUUAUCCCAAAAGUGCUGGAGAAUACUGGUUUGAAGACCCUGAAACAUAUGAAGAAAGCUUUUACAAACGAAGCUUGGACAAUGAUAAUUAUGUGUUUACUGCUCCUUACUUCAACAGAAGUGGAUUUACCAUUUUUGAAAAUGGAAUAAUGGUGAGCAAGGCAGUAGAAAUAACAAUUGAUGGUAAACUGCUUAAGCCUGCUGUUGUUGGAGUAAAAAUUGAUUUUCAAAGUUGGAUGAACAAUUUUACAAGUGCUACUACCAAAGAACCGUGCAAGAUGGAUGAAGUCUGUAACUGUAAGCAAGACAGCUCGCAAUUGGACUGCAUCAUUCUUGACGAUGGCGGUUUCCUAUUAAUGUCAAAUCAAAAGAGUUACAACACACAGAUUGGUAGAUUCUUUGGCGAGAUUGACCCAAGCUUGAUGCGAAAGCUGGUAAACAUUUCUGUAUAUGCAUUUAACAAAUCUUAUGACUACCAGUCUGUGUGUGAUCCAGUCGAAGAGCCGGCAAAAACAGCUGCCCCUCGCUCAGUGUUUGUGCCUACCAUAGCAGAUCUUCUCAACCUUGGAUGGUGGGCUUCUGCUGCUGCUUGGUCUUUAUUGCAGCAGUUGAUCUUGAGCCUUACUUUUCCUCGGUAUAAUGAGGCAGCUGAAUUUGAUGAUGAUGACUUUUCGGCAAUGAUGGCAAAACAAAGCUGCAUUACUGAACAAACCCAAUAUUUCUUUGAAAAUGAGAACAGAUCUUUUAGUGGAUAUCUAGAGUGUGCCAACUGCACAAGAAUUUAUCAUGCUGAAAAGAUAGUCAACACCAACUUAUUAUUCAUAAUUGUUGACAACCAGCACACAUGUGAGUUCUGUGACCAACAGCCUCUAAUACAGGCAGAACAGCGCUCUAAUGGACCGGAUCCAUGCCUGCUUGCACAGAACCCAAGGUACAGAAAAGGUCCAGAUGCUUGCUUUGAUCAAGACGACUUGGAGGAUGACAGUGAUUGUGGUGGUGUAUCUGGUUUGACUCCCUCGCUAUGGUCCAUGAUAGGCAUUCAGUUUGUCCUGCUCUGGCUUUUAUCUGGUAGUAAUCGUUGUCAGUUAUGACCUAGAAAACCAAAAUCUACAUUUCUUAAUUCAAAAUCCUGCCAAAAGAAUUACCUUGGAUUUACCUUAAAUGAGGUUGCUCGACUGAGACAAUUGAAGAAUGGCUGUGUCUAUGCUGUGACUUAUUCAUCUGUGAAAGAUUCACAGAGACACCUACAAAGUCUGCAUGUCGGAGUGUCAAAUCCUCAGUGGCAACAUGUGGGAAUGCUGCAUCAUCUAUGCCAUCAGAACAGAAAUCUACAGUAAAUGUGCUUUAUUGAACAAACUAUGAUGAUCUCUUUGUUGCAUCGUCAAUGACUUUAUGUAAAAGGGCUCCCUUUAAUAUUGCUUCUGUACAACAUGAUUUGUAAAAUUUAUUUGACCUUCAGUUUGUUGCACCCCAGCCCUAUAAGCGUCUACUUGUGUACAUCAGAUCUAUUUUAUUAUUGUGCACUGUGUUUAGAAGAGCACUAAUGCUUUUAAUAUAUAAAUGUAUGUGGAAAAAAAAUCUGGAAUGCUCCUGUUUUAGUCAAGUGCAAAUAUAUUGGUUAGUCUUCUUAAGAAAAAAAGAAAAAAACAAACAAAAAAAACCAACAAAAAAAAUAACAAACUGAAAUGCCUUAUAUUGUAUAAUGAAUGGCUUGAUUUGCCAAAUAGGAGUACAAACACAAGGACAUAUAUACACUCAAAGGAUUUUAUGAGCAUCAAUUAUCAAAAGGUGAAUAAGUGUACACUGUACAAUAUUUGCAUAUACAUUUGGUGGAUGUUUGAGAGCUUGACCUUGUGAAUCUCUUUGGGUGCCGUGUAAAUCUUUUCAUCUCUAGUUUUGUACAGUACAUGUGGUUCUGUAUAUAAAAGCUAACCAAAACUUUCUCAAGACUGGGAGAUCUUCAGUCGGAAUCAUUUUGGUUAGAAAACAUACCAACGGUAUUUAGCAUGCUCAUGCUGCUGCUAUUUUUGUUAGGAUGAAAUUUGUAGUAUUUUCUGAGUGAAUAUUUUGUUGUGUGAAAACCUAAGCACUGCAAUAUGAUGCUAAUCGAUUAGCUUUCAUAAUGACUUUCCAAGUGUAGUAUUCUACUCAAUACAGAUAGUGUAAAUGAAUGUACUGUAAGGAUAUCAUUUUACAGUAUGAUAUCAUAAACAUUUAUUUAUUCUAUUAUUUGCCUUUCAUAAUCAACUACAUAAACUCAGAAGGAUCUUUAAUGUCCAAAAACUGAUGGCUAAAGCAUGAUGUAGCAAGUAGGUGGUAAAUAUCCACCUUUCAGACCUUUUUAUUACUAGAGUUUGUUUUCCUAUUUCCGCCUAUUCUAAGUUAAAAAGGCCAUUCUGGAGGGAUUGUUGUGCAAUCUGCUAAAUGAAAUCAUGAAAGGACUUAAAACAUGGUUAACUAUUAAUUUUUUUAUAAAAAAAAAAAAACAACUGAUUGUAUGAUAUAAAGAAACUAAUUGUUUAAUUAUUGUACCAUGUAUUUAAAGAGUACCUGUCACUAAAUAAACUUUUCUAAACUAACUCAGGCUAUGUUCCCUAACUACUCCUAACACCCCCCUGCCCUUAAUUUUCUUUAAAGAGCUUUAAACAGCUCUGUAUCUUACCUCUUUUCUUACUCACAUAGUGUGAGCUACUGGCAGGAUAAUGUGGGCAUGCCCCAGCAGGCGCUAUGUCACUGAAGACUGCUGGGGAGACUGCUUCUGCCCUCACUUCGCCAAGGAGAGUAUUCGUAUUGGUGCGAAUGAGCAUGCAUUUGCAGAGCACGCAUUUUCAGAGCCCUGCUUGUCCUCACUGCACAGAGCCCCGCUUGUCCUCAGUGUACAGAGCACCGCUUGUCCUCACUGCACAGAGCCCUGCUUGUCCUUAGUGUACAGAGCCCUGCUUGUCCUCAGUGUACAGAGCCCUGCUUGUCCUCAGUGUACAGAACCCUGCUUGUCCUCAGUGUAAAGAGCCCUGCUUGUCCUUACUGCACAGAGUGCCGCUUGUCCUCAGUGUACAGAGCCCUGCUUGUCCUCAGUCUACAGAGCCCCAUUUGUCCUCAGUGCACAGAGCCCUGCUUGUCCUUACUGCACAGAGCGCCGCUUGUCCUCAGUGUACAGAGCCCUGCUUGUCCUCAGUGUACAUGGCCCUGCUUGUCCUCAGUGUACAGAGCCCUGCUUGUUCUCAAUGUACAGAGUCCUGCUUGUCCUCAGUGUACAGAGCCCUGCUUGUCCUCAGUGUACAGAGCCCUGCUUGUCCUCAGUGCACAGAGCGCCGCUUGUCCUCAGUGCACAGAACCCCGCUUGUCCUCAGUCUACAGAGCCCUGCGGGGUAUUUGAGUGAGCACAGCACUCCCGCCUGUCUGAUUGACUGUGCUGGUCAAGUGCUCAGCCAGCGGUCUGCAAUUUUGGACUCACUGCCAGACCGGUGUGAGUCCAAAAUCAAUAGAAAUGCUCGUGGCCAGGGACUCCUAGGGAGACCCCUGGUGGACAGAUUUUCAGACAUAAAAUACAUAUAAAAGAAGUAAACAUUUUUAAUUAAAACCAAUUAGAAACCAGUUUAAUAUUGAAUGUCUGGCAUAUUUAAAAACAUUUGAUGAAAGGUACUCUUUAAUUAUAAAUAAUACUAUGCUUCAUUUCAAGGUAAACAAGAGAACUACAUCAUUAAGGAAUUAAAUUGGGACACCAUUGCAUCGAGCCCCUUGAGAAAAAUGUUAAAUUUUUAUUUUAUUUAAUGUGCUACAAAUUAAGCCUUUAGCAUUGUCCUAAAUGUUAUCAGUGACAAUAAUUGUCAAAGCCAAAACUAGGAAAAUUAUAGGCACAUAAAAAUAUAAAACUACUAUGUACUCACAUUUCAAGUAAUUCUGUGAGUAGGUUAGGGCAUUCGCUAAUAGGGGCCAUAACCACGAGCAUUGUACCUUUAAAACCCCUUGCUGCAAAUGAACGUACAUUCACAUCCAUUUUUAGCUCCUGAGGUAUGAUGCGCGCUCAGCAGCUGAGCGCGCAUCAUACCCAGAGGAUCCCUGUUGCUCUAAGCAACCAGGACUCACGGCUAAUUCCGGACAUCGCCGAUCGGGCUGAUGUCUGGCACAAACCCUUUAGAACGGCGAUCAAACUUGAUCGCCGCGUCUAAAACGGAAGUAAAAAUUGCCGGUUAGCUCAGCUGUUUGGCAUCCCCAACAGCUUGCAGGACGCGAGGAGGAUACCUACCUUCCUCCUUGCAGUCCGAUCGCCGAAUGACUGCUCCAUGCCAGAGAUCCAGGCAAGAGCAGUCGAGCGGUGAUAACACUGAUCAAUGCCAUGCUAUUGCAUGGCAGUGAACAGUGUAAGAGAUCAGUGAAUGCAAUGUUAUAGCCCUCUAUGGGUGUGUAAGAAAAAAGUUAAUGUGAUUUAACCCCUUUCCUAAUUAAAGUUAGAAUCACACCCUUUUUCCCAUAAAAAAAAAAAAAACUAUAAAUAAAAAUAAACAUAUGUGGUAUUGCCGCGUGUGUAAAUGUCCGAACUUUUAAAACAAAUUGUUAAUUAAACUGCACUCUCAAUGACGUACACGUGAAAAAAAUUCCAAAGUCCAAAAUAGCGUAUUUAUGGACACUUUUUAUACCAUAAAUUUUUUUUUAAAGUGAUCGAAAAGUCAGAUCAAAACAAAAAUGGUGCCAAUAAAAUAUCACGGAUCACAGUGCAAUAAAUGAGCCCUCAUAUUGCCCCUUAUAGAGAAAUAUAAAAAGGUUAUAGGGGUCAGAAGAGGACAUUUUUCAACGUAUUAAUUUUGGCGCAUGUAGCUAUGAUUUUUUUAGUAGUGAAAUAAAAUAAAAUCUAUAUAAAUUGGUUAUCCUUGUGACCAUAUGGACCUACAGAAUAAAUAUAAGGUGCAAUUUUUACUGAAAACUGCACUGCGUAGAAACAGAAGCCACUAAAAAUUACAAAAUGGCUUUUUUCAUUUUCUUUUAUUUUGCAUCACAAAUAAUUUUUUUCAGAUUUCGCCAUAGAUUUUGUGGUAAAAUUAUUAAUAUUACUAUAAAGUAAAAUUGUUGGCGCAAAGAACAAACCCUCACAUGCAUCUUUAGGUGGAAAAUUGAAAGUGUUAUGAUUUUUAGAAGGUGAGGAGGAAAAAACAAAAGUGCAAAAAUGAAAAAUCGCCAAAGAGCGAAGUGGUUAAUAUGGUGCUCCAGUGCGCAGUUUAUCUGUAGUAUCAGUUUUAUUUAUAUGCAAAAUAGACUGGUGCACUAGAGGUGUUUCUUUACCCCUAAGUGCACUGAUAUGGCCGACCCCCAGCUCCACUAACAACGCCUUCUCAUGAAUACUGAGUUGUUACUCAAGGCCUCUAUGGAUGCCCUAACCUGCUGACAGAUUCUCUUUCAUUUUUUCAAUACUUUUUUUGAUUCUUUUAUUCUCUGUAGUAAUUUGGCUAGCAUUUGCAGAUACAUUAAUGUCAAAUGAUACAUUUAUUGACAUUUAUUAUAUAACAAAGCAGAGUAAAAUAAAAAGAAACAACCAAAUUUUGCUUUGAA